ACUUCAAGGCCAACGACACAAGUUAUGACUACGACUGCACAACAACUCUUCUGCCCAGAGAUUAACUACGAACCGACGACUACUCAAGUACCAACGACUACUGCUUUGAUAACAACAACCGAACAACAAACAACACAACAAACAACACAACAAACAACAACACAAGAUGAGACAACUCCUCAGGUUUUAACAACUGAAACGACAACACUUCAAACUUCACAAGAUCCUACAACCCCACAAAAAACUACAAUAAAACCGACUACUAAAAACACAACGCCACAAGAAACCACAAUAGAACCGACCACUAGAAACACGACACCGCAAGAAACCACAUUGAAACCGACUACUCGAAACACAACACCACAAGAAACCACAGCUCAAACAGUCACGCCAUCUGCAUGCGAAUCCAUUUUUCAUGAGCCUCCUGCUACCGACCACACCAACUCUUCGCUGUUGUUUGCACAACAAACGUUGGAUUUCGUCAACCUCUCUCUAAAUUUCUUUUUCGACCAGUUUAGAGAGGGCAGUCGAAAUCCUAACAUCGUAACCCCUGGUGAAAUCACCAAUACAUGGGAAUGCGUUUACGGAACAAGUUUCACGACUGAGCGAGAUUUGAAGCUGAUCCCUGACCUGCUUCAAGUUCUACUUCAAGGAUUCAUGAUGGGUGCUAAAUGGGCUCCUACCACCCAGGUCAUAGGUCAUCCCUUUGCUGGUGGUACAGAUGUUGAAAUGUGGAGGUCGGACAUUCCAUUCUUGGAGGGGUGUGAUAAUUACAGCAGAGCUCAUGUAGAACCAUCUCGAUUGACGUUUGAUGUACCGGACUCUGCAAUAGAUGAUAAUGGAACUGGUUGCCGGUCACUGUUGGUAGUUAAGAUGGAAAAGCUUGGUGACCUUUUACCGCAAGACGGUUGCUCGGACGAAGGAGAGUUCCAAUGUGAUGAAGUCGAGACUCCAUAUCCCCUCGUGACAGUCGCCCUGAACCCAUCCAAGCCACCUCCAUUUACUGAGCCAGUUACUGUUGGCUUUCAAAUGAAGAAUGAGAUUGCUGGAAACAUUCCCGUGUGCGUUUGGCUCCAAACAAAACUUCAGGCCAGCCCACCGAGUCUCCAGCAAUAUUCAUGGAACAGCAGUGGAUGUGAUACAGUAAAGGAGGAGGGCGCCAUCCUGUGCCGAUGUUAUCACCUGACAAGCUUCUCUGUUAUAAUACGGGUUGCAGACUUCGAGGUCGACGAAGGACACAAGAGGGCGCUGCACGUACUUAGCAUGCUGGGUUGCAUAACAACAAUUGUAUGCGCAUGUCUGACGAUUGCAAUCUACGUUUACUUGAGAAUCCUGAAAGAAGAAAGGAUUAUUCACACCCAGUUUCUUAUAUCCAUCGCGCUUUCUCAACUCAUAUUUCUCAUCGGGAUUGAUAUGAUCAAAUACGAGGUGCUUUGUAAAGUCGUAUCGAUCUCCCUGUUCUACUUCUUCAGUGCCACGUUCUCGUGGAUGCUGGUCGAGACAGGACACUUGUACUUGAGCGUGGUCAGAGUGUUCAGCUCGGGGUCAAAGUUCAAACUGUACUCCUUUGUAGGAUGGGGGUUGCCGGUUAUAUCUGUGGUGAUUACGAGUGCUGUUGGACUAUCACGCGAUGAAUUGAUAAGCAAGGAUUACUGUUGGUUGUCAACUCAAAGAGAACUUAUCUGGGGUUUUGCUGGACCUGCAUUGCUGAUUAUUAUG